ACAAUUCUUUCUGUAUUGUCUAAUAUAAAAUUAACAAAAAUUUAAAAAUGAAUGACAUCAUGUGUGUGGCUUUUUAAUUAUUUUAAGGAAUUCUCGGUUCAAACCAUGGGGAUUUAUGUGACUAUAUUUGCAGUUCUACUGUUGAGUGGAUUCUGCAAUUCAGGACCAGCAACUGUGGCAACCCAAAAAGGCAUGUGCUGGGUUCUCGGUAACACUAAUUACCGUACCUUUGAUGGCUAUUCGUACAACUUCAUUGGCAACUGCACUUAUGUCAUGGCUAAGAACUGCGAUGUAGACGGGAUCCAUCCAGCCUUUGAGGUGGACGAAAAGAACGUCAACAUCCCCAAUUCAAACCUCACAGGUGUGGGAAUGGUCACCAUCAGUGUUUACGGGACCAUUAUUGAUAUUGUCCAUAAUGAGUUUGGCCUUGUGCGGGUAAACAAUCAACUUUGGAAUCUCCCCAUCAACUUGGACAAUGGCAAGGUGAUUCUGUCUCAGAGGGGGUUCUCUGUAGUUGUUGAGACAGACUUUGGCCUAGUGGUGCAGUAUGACUGGCAGCAGUAUUUCACUAUCACAGUUCCAAGUGAAUUUGCAGGCAAGGUGUGUGGCAUGUGUGGCAACUUUAACGGCAAGCAGGACGACGACCUCACCAUUCCGUCUGGGGCGUAUGCCAAAGACCAACAGGAUAUGGGAAAUGGCUGGAGGGUUCCUGGUGUUGUCGGUGAUACCACUUGUCAGGAUACCUGCAAAGGACAGUGUCAAAUCUGCAAUCCCACCUUUGUGGAACAAUUGGAAGACUAUAACAUCUGUAGCGCUCUGUCACAAGUGAUGGAUAAGGAUUUCCAGGCCUGCACCCGUCUCUUUGACCCCAAGCAAUUUCUGCAGAACUGCAUGGUCGAACUCUGUAAUGGUGUCCCAAUGAAGCAGUACUACUGUGACACUCUGCAAAUGUACUCGGAGACCUGUCAGAGAGCUGGAGUCCCGGGCCAGAAAUGGAGGGAGGCCAACAAAUGCUCACCACCCAAGUGCCAAGAGAACAGCUACUACGAGCGCUGUGGCUCAAGCUGUCCUGCAACCUGUGGAGACCUCACUGCUCCCUCCAACUGCAAAGCCAGCUGUGUGGAGACAUGUACUUGCAAUGAUGGGUUUGUGCUCAGUGGCAGCAAAUGUAUCCCCAAGGCCCAGUGUGGCUGCCUGUACGAAGGCCGGUAUGUGGCGGUCGGCGCCUCCUUCUGGGAUGGCGAUACUUGCAAUGAGCGGUUCACAUGCUCGGCCGAAGGGAAGCUGACCAUGGAGAAGACUAGCUGCCCAACGGGCCAGCAGUGUCAAGUGGUUAAGGGCAUUAGAGGUUGCUAUGCUGUGAACUAUGCCACAUGCAUGGUGUCUGGUGACCCCCACAUUGUGACAUUUGAUGGUGAGCUCUACAACUUCCAGGGCACUUGCACUUAUGAAUUGGCCAGUGUCUCCUCCAGUCAGAAGACCCUGGAGAAUUUCAGCGUUAUUCUGCAGAACAGUGGGCAAGAUAAGAGGACAGGCUCUGUUGUUAAUCUGGUAGAGGUGAAGGUCUAUGGCAACACUGUCAACAUUAGCAAAGAACAACCUGGCUUUGUCACGGUCAAUGGUAAGCUUUCUUACCUCCCAAUGGCCCUGAAUGGCACCAAACUCCAGCUCUACACUAUCGGUUGGUUUGUUGUACUCAAGGCCGACUUCGGCCUGAAAGUCUACUAUGACUGGAACAGUGUGGCGUUUGUCCAGGUGCCCAGCACUUAUAAGGGCUCCAUGAUUGGUCUAUGUGGCAACUACAACCUUAAUCCCAAAGAUGACAUGCAGAUGAAGAAUGGGAAAGAGGCUGCCACUGCAGAGGAGCUUGGCCAGAGCUGGCAGGUUGCUAGUACCCCUGGUUGUGUCAAUGGCUGCACAGGUCCAUGUCCUGGCUGUACCGCCAUCCAGAAAGACCAGUACAACACCAACACGUACUGUGGACUCAUCAGUGACCCCACAGGCCCAUUCCGUGACUGCCACUCUGUAGUAGACCCUGCCAAGUUCCUCAAUGACUGCAUUUAUGACGUAUGUCUGUAUCAGGGAAGAGGCAGCAUGCAGUGCAAGACCAUGACUGCCUACACGGCAGCAUGCCAACUCAAAGGUGCCAAAGUAUACCCCUGGAGGUCAGAUACACUGUGUGAUGCUCAGUGUCCAGUGAAUGGCCAUUAUGAGAUAUGCAGUGCUGGAUGUCAGAAGUCCUGUCAGAACCCAGAGUCUUCUUAUCACUGUGGGGCUCAGUGCAUGGAAGGUUGCAACUGUAAUGACGGUUUUGUUUUGAGUGGAAACGAGUGUGUGCCUUCUGCUCAGUGUGGUUGUCCGUUUAAUGGAAAAUACUACAAGUACGGCCAAGUGUUUUACCCUGAUGGGCAGUGCCAGCAAGAAUGUCUGUGUAAUGGAACGGUACAAUGUCAGAAGUUUUCCUGCGGGCCCAAUGAAAAGUGUGAGGUAAAGGAUGGUGGCCAUUCGUGUCAGCCUGUUGGUAAGGGAGUCUGCUCCAUCUCUGGGGACCCACAUUACAACACCUUUGACAACAGCACCUAUGACUUCCAAGGCACGUGCACAUACACUGCAGCUGAAGCCUGCCACCUGAAUGGCACAAGGCUGACAGCCUUCUCUGUGGCUGUGGAGAAUGAGAGGUGGCAUGCCAUGAACAGCAACCCACAGGUCUCCGUCGCUAAACUUGUAGCAGUGGAAGUUUAUGGAAGCCUCUUAGUUCUUCGACGGAACCAGAUUGGAAUGGUUAUGCUAAAUGGGAUCUUAGCUCACAUCCCGUUGAAUCUUAAUGAAGGUAAAGUUCAGGUUUACCAAGACGGCUACAACUACGUAAUCAUAACUGACUUCGGCCUGCGGGUGACCUAUGACAUGAUCUAUCACAUCACCGUCACCGUACCCAGCAACUACAUGGACCACACUUGCGGUCUGUGCGGGAACUUCAACGACAAUAACGCAGAUGAGUUCACACUGCCAGACGGUAAAGUGACCAAAGACGUGCAGAGCUUCGGGGCUGCCUGGAAGGUGGCCGUGCGUGGAGUGGUGUGCGAAGAUGGAUGCAGUGGGGACCUCUGUCCCAAGUGUGACGACAGCAAGAAGGAAGUGUUUGAGAAGGACUGUCAAGUCCUCACCGAUCCCAAAGGUCCCUUCGCUGCGUGCCACAAUGUCAUAGACCCUGCCUCCUACUUCAGAGACUGUGUCUAUGACGUCUGCAUGGUGACUGGGGACAGGGCAGUGCUGUGUGACAGCAUCGGGGCCUACAUGAUGGACUGCCAGACCUUUGGUGUGAAGAUUCCAACCUGGAGAACCCCUACUUUCUGCCCCCUCACCUGCCCUGCAAACAGCCACUAUCAAGUCUGCGGCCAGUCUUGUGAUACUCCAUGCCCGAACCUCUCAAGCAUCGUCGUCUGUCCAGAAAAGUGUGCCGAGGGCUGUGCGUGUAACGCAGGCUACAACUUUAACGGCACUGGCUGUGUUAGCUUGGAACUAUGUAGCUGCUAUUUCGAAGGGAGAUCCUACAAGGUUGGGGAAUCUAUUGUAUCUGAGGACUGUCAUACAAUCCAUACCUGCCAAGCCUCAGGAGUAGUUGUGUCCCAGAGCAUGCUUUGUCAGAACACAGAGAUCUGCCAAAUCCAAAAUGGCACCAGAGGCUGUUUCCCCAGAACAUGCCUUUUGGAAGAUAACGGUUCCCUCAACUCGCUUGAUGGAGCCAGGAUCUUCUUAAACUCUGGGGCCUUUGAUAUCAUCCAGGUCUGUGACCCAAAUGUGACAGAUCAGUGGUUUAGGGUUGUUGUAAGGUUAGAGAUGUGUGGCACUCCUGCAGUCAACUCCAUUGUGGGGGUUCAUGUGUACUUCACCGACAUGACGUUUACUAUCACAAACCACCAUGACAUUUGGGUAAACGGAAAGGCCAUGACUGAGAGCAGUUUCAAAAAGAGCAACAUAGCACUGACGGUCUCUGGCAAAACAGUCACAAUCGACAAGGACAACAGUCUUCAGUUGUCUUUUAAUGCUUUUAAUGACCUCACGAUGAGCAUCAGCGGUGAGAUGGCAGAGCAGGUUUGUGGCGCAUGCGGUAGCCUCAUGACUUUGAACGACAAAAUGUUCCAUGGAGGAGGAGGGAGGAAGUGGAGGGCUCCUGAUUUCACGGACUGUUAAAAAUUCUACAACCGCAACCAAUCCAGAUCCUCCAUCAAUAGCGAAGAAGAGGUCUAUUGAUUAUUGGCCUCACAAAUACCUAACCUGGCAAUUAACUGUUUAUAUUGUAAAAACUAAAUUUGAAAGCAUUAUAAAAAAAUAAACAUUUGGCAUAUGUGUGCAACAUAUGAUAUCAUUGACCUAUUGCUUUGGAAUAAGUUACCUUCAAUACAUUUUGCAUUAAACAAUGUUAGUACUUAAUAAUUUUUUUGCUUGCUUUUUUCGUCUCAUAAUGCUUUUGAGAUUCAUUUUCAGAUCUCUAUUUCGGUUAAAGUGGCAUUGUGUAGGAUUUUGCCCCGCCUAGGUAAUAGGUGGGAGACUUUCACACGAUUCAAUAAACAAAUAAUGGUGGUCUGUCCAAGGCUGUCCG